CAUGGUGACCGCGAUGGAACACAAACAAAGUGUCUUCGAAUAGUCAACUUGCAGUCAUAGUGUUUUGGUUCCCAGAAAAUGAAUCAAAGACCAGUUUGGGAGGAUAGGGAGGUGAAAUUCGAUAUUCCCUCAGUCUACAAAACAAUCCGCAGCGGCGAAACCAUUCUCGAUGUGCUCGAUUCGGUGGAGGACACCAAGGGCAACAGUGGCGACUGUGGCCGAGUUUUGGUGACCAAUCUACGCCUCGUCUGGUACUCGAUCACGUCCCAUCGGUUCAGUCUGUCCAUCGGCUUCUCCUGCAUACUGACCAUGAACACCAAGACGGUCGUGUCGAAAGUGCGCGGAACAACCCAAGCGCUGUACAUUCUGAGCGUCGGUUCAAACUCACGGUUUGAGUUCAUUUUCACCAACCUAACGGCCACCAACACCAAACACUUUGCGUCGAUCUUUGACGUGUACCGGCUGUACCAAGGGUCCACAAUCUACCGGGAGCUCAAGUUACGCUCGUCGGUGGUUGUGUCGGGACAGCUGCAAGUGCAACCGCAGGAACAGAUUUUCAACACCAUCAACGGUGUGUGGAACCUGUCGAGUGAUCAGGGAAAUCUUGGCAUCCUGAUCGUAAGCAAUGUCCGGCUCGUUUGGUACGCCGAGAUGAACAACAGCUUCAACAUAUCGCUGCCGUACAUGCAGAUCGCCAGUUUGCGCAUUCGCGAGUCCAAGUACGGGCCGGCGUUGGUGAUUCAAACGCUCGAAACGGCUGGAUCUUACGUGCUGGGCUUUCGGAUCGAUCCUUCCGAUCGGCUCGGGGACGUGUACAAGGAACUACUUUCGCUUCACAGUGUCUACACGGAGCGUCCCGUUUUCGGUGUGUUUUAUGAAGCCCCGGCCGACGUAGAACGAGCACCGACCGAAUCGAUAGAUGACGUUGAGGAGCUGAAUUCUACGGCUGGGAGUGAAAUUAACUCCAAGUUUACAGCUUACCUUGCGGAUACGGCGGCCGGCGAUGGUUCGGAACAGUGCAGAAGGAAGCCGUUUUACUGCAAAGAGCUUGGCUUUGCAAUGGAAUCGCUCAAGGAAGGUUACACCGUGAAGGACUUGUGGGAUGUACUUCCCUCCCAGUAGAGAAAAAACAGGAAUAAUCGCAAAAAAGGCGUCUCAUUUUUCCUCGCGAGAUUCGAACUCCCAACGACCGGGUUGCUAUAGAACGAAGAAACCAACUCGUACAUAUGUAAACACUCGCUAUCUCUCUGUCAUUCCUUCUCACUCUUUCUCUGUCUCUCUCUAACCCGGGUGUGACAUUUCCGAAUAAUCAACAAAUAUUUUGCAAUAAACAGUACACCGCCAGCGUCUCGAAA